AAAACCUCUAAGCACAAACCUCUAACAACUUUCUGCAAUAAGAUAGAAUACCUCUAAGCAAUAAGUAGAUAUGUCUUUUUCAGUAGUAGCAGCAGCUUUUAUGGUGGUUUUAGCAGUUGUGUUGACAAGGGUUGUGAAGUGGGUGUGGAUAAAACCAAAGAAGCUGGAGAUUUACCUGAGAAGACAAGGUCUCCCUGGAACUCCUUACACACCUCUUGUAGGUGAUAUUAAGAGGAAUGUUAAAAUGUUGAUGGAGGCAAGAUCAAAACACAUCAAUCUAACGGAUGAUAUCAUCCCGUAUCUCCUUCCCCUUGCCUUGAAGAUGUUCAACUCUCACGGAAGGACUUUUUUCAUAUGGAUCGGACCAGUUCCAACGAUCAUGAUAACCAAUCCAGAGCACAUCAAAGAAGUUUUUACCAAAUUUAACGAUUUUGAGAAGAAUGCUUCAUUCCCUUUGAUCAGAAUGUUAGUAGGUGGGCUUGCAAGCUAUAAGGGAGAUAAGUGGGCGAGACACAGGAGGAUCAUCAACCCUGCUUUUCACCUGGAGAAGAUCAAGAACAUGGUCCCUGUGUUCUACCAUUGUUCAAGCGAGAUUGUGUCCCAAUGGGAGAGACUGUUUAUAGAUAAAGAGUCGCCUUGUGAGGUCGAUGUUUGGCCUUGGCUUGUGAGUAUGACUGCAGAUGUGAUCUCGCAUGCUGCUUUUGGAAGCAGCUAUAAAGAAGGACAAAGAAUAUUUGAGCUUCAAGGGGAACUAUCUGGUCUCAUCGGACAAGAGCUUAAGAAGCCUUACAUCCCUGGACUAAGGUUUUUCCCAACAAAGAACUCUAAGAGGAUCAAAGCAAUAGACAAAGAAAUAGACACAAUACUGAGAGGUAUGGUGAGUAAGAGGGAAGCUGGAGAAGCAGAACACAAAGAUUUGUUGGGGAUACUGCUUUCAUCAGGUUCAGAAGAAUCUGGAGGAAAUGGUUUGAGCGUAAAAGAAGUUUUGAGAGAGUGCAAGCUGUUUUAUUUCGCAGGACAGGAGACAACUUCAGUUCUAUUGGUCUGGACAAUGGUUUUAUUAAGCCAUCACCAAGACUGGCAAGCUAGGGCAAGAGAGGAAGUGAGACAAAUACUCGGUGAUGAUAAUAAUACUAAACCUGAUAUAGAUUCUCUCAGCAACCUCAAAGUGGUAAGUAAAACUUUCAUUAUUUACUUGCACAACAAGAUUCACUUGAACUUACAUUGUGAACAGAUGAGUAUGAUCUUCAAUGAGGUUUUGAGGCUAUACCCUCCAGUGGCUGAACUUAAAAGAUCGGUCAACAAAGAAAUGAAGCUAGGAGAGCUUACACUUCCAGCUGGUGUUAGAGUUUACAUACCAACUGCUCUUGUUCAUCGCGACACCGAGCUUUGGGGGGAGGAUGCAGGGGAGUUUAAACCAGAACGUUUCAAAGAUGGGAUCUCAAAAGCAACAAAGAACCAGGUAUGUUUUCUCCCCUUUGGGUGGGGGCUGAGGAUAUGCAUUGGUCAGAACUUUUCUCUGUUGGAGGCAAAGAUGGCUAUGGCUUUGAUUCUACAAAAGUUCUCCUUUGAGCUCUCUCCUUCUUAUGUUCACUCGCCUCAGAUGGUCAUGACCACUCGUCCUCAGUUUGGAGCCCAUCUCAUCCUACACAAGCUAUGAAUUUCUUUUUGUAUUUCUAUGGUGGUUUCAUCAAGAAUAAAAUGUUUUGUGGAUGCAAAGAUGGUACUUGUGUCUUUAUUUACUUGUUGUAAAAUAAGAGUAAGGAAACUUUACUUGAAGAUUUGUAAUUAUUUUCUGCUCAAACUAUCAGUUGAUGUUACCAUCAUGCAUGCAUGCUACUCAAGUUUAUGACAAAAUACAUAUCUUCC